UUCGCUCCGAGUGGCUUGACACUGGCGGUAGGAAUGGCGGCUAAGAUUACUAGAGGAAGGAACCCAAAGACCAUGAAACUUUACUUCUAACGGCCCCGCAGAGGAAUUUGUCUCUAGCGAAACGCAGAAACAGCAUCCCACAACGGAUUACAGGGAGAAGAAGUGCUAUAACGUGAGACUAACGCGGUAAACGCCCGGGCUGAGGAAGUGGAGACACUUUGCGACUUGCUAGUUAGCUUAACGUUGGUGCCACUGACUUUGAUUCAAGGUAGCUGUUAGCUCGCCGUACCACUAGCCAGCUGUUGGCUACUUGGCUUGACUGGCCCAACAAGUUAACUAAGUGAUUAACUGCAUGAAGGCACUCCUGGUUUGGAUCUUUGAAUGGUGAUCGGCUCUCUUUGAUAGCGGACAGUGUUAGGGGUUUAUACCGAGAGUGGGAUCGGGCGACAACAAGUCGACACGGCGCGUUGUGAACAUUAUUACAGCUAACCCUCAAACGUUAGCUAGUACAGCAACCCUAGCUAAGUUGGGAUCCUGAAGUCUCGCCCAUUUUUUGGAUCCUGCCCCAGCCAUUGGCUAAGGGGCUAAUCAACAGCCAAGUAGUCUGCUUUUCAGGUCCGAUUGGCACUACGAUGGAAAGUCUAACGUUGACCGAUAACGAGCAGAAAUAUUACUCGGAUUUGUUCGUUUACUGCGACACGGACAACACCAAAAAAGUGGCUUCCAAUGGGAGAGUUCUUGACCUUUUCCGGGCGGCCCAGCUACCCAGCGAAGUUGUCCUGCAGAUCACAGAGCUGUGUGGAGCCACUCGGCUGGGUCACUUCGGGCGGAGCCAGUUCUACAUCGCGCUGAAGCUCAUCGCCAUCGCCCAGUCCGGUCUGCCCCUGAGGGUGGAGAGCCUCAACUCGGUCAAGGACCUGCCGCUGCCCAGGUUCGUGGUGGGGAAGAACGAGGCGGAGGCGAGGCACGCGGCGUUGUACCAGGACACAGACAGUCAGGGGUUGUACCCCGCCUCUGCCACUGCAGUAAUACCCCGACCACCAGGCAGGGGUCACCCAAACAAGAAAGGUCCCCCAUCAUCCACUUCACUUCCUGUCCACGAGGUCAUCCAGCCCCUGGCACCCAGCAUAGAGCCUCAGCCCGAGCCGACAUCCCCGGUGGUCUCCCCUCACCAGUCUCCCCCCACCUCCCCUCCCUCGUGGAGGAAACACAAGCGGCAGCACAGCGGAGGAAACGCAGAAAGGCAGCCGGUGGUGGCUGCAACCGGAGUUGUGUGGACGCAGUUCAGAGAACCACAAGCAGGUCCUGUGCCCGUUGAGGGAAUGUGGUCGUCCCACUCGCCUCCUCCUCCAAGUCAGGAAAGUUGGGUCAGUUUCACGGCAGACACCCCGCCAUCCAGCGCGCUCCCAGCAAUGCAUCCCUCAUCAGUCCAGGAAAGCACAACGAUACGAACAGUGGCCUCAGCAGCAACGACCAAUGAGAUCCAGCGACAGUCCAGCGGUUACGAUGAUCCGUGGAAGAUCACAGACGAGCAGAGACAGUAUUAUAUUAACCAGUUCAAAACCAUCCAGCCAGACCUCACCGGCUUCAUACCCGGUUCAGCAGCAAAAGAGUUCUUCACCAAAUCAAAACUACCGAUUUUAGAGCUGUCACAUAUUUGGGAGCUGUCAGACUUCGAUAAAGACGGGGCUCUGACUCUGGAUGAGUUUUGUGCCGCCUUUCACCUGGUCGUGGCCAGAAAGAACGGCUACGACCUCCCUGAGAAGCUGCCAGAGAGCCUGAUGCCAAAGCUGAUUGACCUGGAUGACUCAGCAGAAGUUCCAGAGCCGACUGCUGACGUCGGCUACUCGGGCUCCCCGGUGGAGGUCACCCCCAACAAAUCUCCCUCCAUGCCUUCACUCAACCAGGCCUGGCCCGAGAUGAACCAGAGCAGCGAGCAGUGGGAGACGUUUAGCGAGCGCUCCUCCAGCUCACAAACUCUGACCCAAUUUGACUCUAACAUUGCACCAGCUGACCCUGACACGGCCAUCGUCCACCCGGUGCCUAUCCGGAUGACGCCCAGUAAGAUCCACAUGCAGGAGAUGGAGCUCAAGAGGACCGGCAGUGACCACAACCACCCGACCAGUCCACUGCUGGCUAAACCCCCCGAACUGUCCGAAGAAGCCAAAUUACCUGCCUCCAUGAAGUUUGUAGCCGCCAACACCGUAGGUGAUGGUUACAGCAGCUCAGACUCCUUCACCUCAGACCAGGAGCCAAUCACAAGACAAAGGUCUCAGUCGGGUACGUCUCCAGAGGCUCUGAAGGUGGUAGCCCCCCCUCCACCUCCGCCCAGGCCCCACCCCUCUCACUCUCGCUCCUCAUCUCUCGACAUGAACCGCACCUUCGCCGCCACAACUGCGCCAGGACAACCUCAACCCUCCACGAUAGCUUACCCACCUGCUGUGCCACCUCGACCUCUGCCCACACAGACCUCAGUACCACUCACUGGGCAUCGUGCAGAGGCAGAGGGGGCUCCAGGAGGCGGAGCAGUACUCACAACCACCUCCCCCCAACAGAUUCCCCAACAACCCAAUUUUGCCGACUUCAGUCAGUUUCAGGCCUUCGCUGCGUCUGAACAGCCCUCCAGCCUGCCAGAGGUCGAUAUCCACAGUGAGCCUGGACAGGUGGAGAAGCCGUCAGAGGGAGCUGGCCCUUUAAGAACAGUGAAGAGCGAUGGCCAAGCAGACGAGAGAGUCUCGGCUACUGUGAAUUCUGCCAAAGGUUCGUCCGGUCCCCUCGCCCCUCCCCCGAAACCUAUACGCCGAAGGUUGAAGUCUGAAGAUGAGCUCCGACCGGAGGAUGAGCAACACGGUCCACAGAAAUCAAACGUUAUAGCUGCUGUCCUGGCCACUCAGCCCUCCAUCCCCAGGUCAGUAGGAAAAGACAAAAAGGCGAUUCAAGCUUCAAUCAGAAGAAACAAAGAGACAAACACAGUGUUGGCACGACUUAACAGCGAACUGCAACAACAGCUGAAGGACCUGCUUGAAGAGAGGAUAUCCCUGGAAGUCCAGCUGGAGCAGCUCCGACCUUUCUCUCACCUCUAACCAACGUGAAGAGGAAACCCUCGGCUGUAUUUCAUCUGAAGCGAGGCUGUGGCCCUCGCAGUGACCCUCCAUCACUCCCUCCCUCCUUCCUUCCACCAUCUCAGCUUUCCCUGGAGGCUCAGACCUGCUGCAGGGCGCUCCGUUAAAACUGUUAAAACGCUCGUAUCUCACACGUAUUAAUCAUAAACCGGAAGGACCUGAGAGUCUUACCUUGAGGAGGAGGAGGUGACGGGAGCGAGGGGAGGUUUUACAAACUGGCACUUUUCAAUUUUCUCUGAAGAGAGGUGAACGUGAGGAUGACAGCGUGGUUAGGAGUGGCGGACAAGACGCUCUGAAGACAAACUGCUGGUGUCAAAUAACUCUCUGAAUGACUGAAGAAGAAAGGCGGAGUGUAUUGUGUGUGUGUGUGUGUGUGUGUGUGUGUGUGUGUGUGUGUGUGUGUGUGUGUGUGUGUGUGUGUGUGUGUGUGUGUGUGUGUGUGUGUGUGUGUGUGUGUGUGUGUGUGUGUGUGUGUGUGUGAUGGUUUGUGCAUCUGUGCUCCUGUUUAGUGACUUACUUGAGGCUAGCACCAAUAUGUUUAUUCUCUCUGUGGGUACAGACUCAGCCACACCAAACUCCUGUUAGAAAACUAGUAGAUUUAAAGAAAGUUCAGUAUUUUGGGAUAAUGUGCAUCUUUACUUUCUUCCUUAGAGAAGGAUGAGAAGAUGUCUAUUGGCCUCAUGUGUUUAAAGUACAGAGAUGGAGUCUGCGAUUAACUUAGCAUGAAGACUGGAAGCAAGAGGAAACUGCUAGCCUGGUUCCUACCUGCCUGCACCUCUAAACUUCAAUAAUUAACACGUCUCUUGUUUCUUUAAUCUGUACAAGAACAGAAAAGUCAACACAGUCUCACUUAUUUGGCAAGCAUACUUCUCUACCGCUGUGAACGCCGCACAAAAAUAGUUGGAAACAGGACUUCAGGAAUUUCUGCUUUGUCUACUGGACAUUUUCCUGAAUGUCACCAUUUUCAAAAAAAUAUCUGUUCAAAAAUAGUUAGCAGAGUCAUGCUACAACAUAUAUUAGAAGCUUUGAAAACGCAAGGAAGUCUACGCCAGGAAAUCGAAGCGUGCCAUUAAGGCAGGAAUGUAAAAUUGGCAUUUUUUUGACUGGAGUUUGGUGUGGUCGGCCUCGACUUAAAAUAUACUGGGCUACUUCUGGACAGGACUUGUGUGGCAUGUGUGUUUGUGUGAGGCCUUUAAUGGCAAAAAUCAUCAUGGUGAAGGCUUUUUUUUUUUUUUUUAAAACUCAUCCUGCGACAUGAACUCACCUCGCUCUUCUAACUGCCCCUCGAAGUCUACGUGUGUGUGUGUGUGUGUGUGUGUGUGUUGUCACGAUGCAGUGAAUGAAAGAAUGUGCUUCGUCGUCUUUCUCUGUGUUACACAGUGUUUGGGGAUUGAUGUGACUGAAUGGUUUAACUUUAUGCCAAAUGACUGAACUCUCUCACCUCGACUUGGGCUGUGUUUUUCCCUCCUCAAAGGUUUUCUUUUGGUUUGCUGCAUUUAUUUCCAGUCUUUAAUUUUCACCUGGAUGCGAAACCAUUCAGUCAAAACAGACAUUCACUUGAAGGGGUUUGAAGAUAUUCCAGCUGCUUGACUGCAGGAGGCGGCAUUUAUGAAGAAUCGCGUUGUCGAUUUCGGGAGAAGUUUUUCCUGUGAUUUCCCGGUCGGCGAGCGCACAGAUCCAAACCUGACGGUGCAGACGAGAGUUCUGUUUUUUUCCAAUCGGGCAGUCGGCACUAUGCAAGUACGGGACGAUACAUCUUCAACUAUACUUAGCUGUUUGUACUAUGAUAGUAGCAACUGUGUGAGCAGUAUACUCUGUUUUUUUGUAUCUUAGAUCUUCCACAAAAAAAAACAAAAAAAACCACACCAUCUACUGUAUGUUUGUGAUUCAUUUUUUGCCUUUUUUCUGUUUUGGUACUGGCAAGCAGUCCGCUUCCUCUCCUCGCCCGGCUCCAGAGGGAAGUCAACUCCAGAUCAGUGUUUUAUCAGGGCACUUUCACCCUAAAAAUCUGCAAGAUACGACCCUUAAGUGGUUGUAGAUGAAGCUUAAACGGAGACCAGUCAACAGAAUGGGAGACCUGAAUGACCCAACUGCACUUUGAACUCCUUAUUUCUUUUUGUUUUUCUUUACUUUUCUUUUUUUUUAUAUAUAUAUAUAUAUAAACUUGUCGUGUUCCUCUUUGCUUUCUUUUUAACCUGCAUGUUGUUCUUGUCUUUCGUGUGUAUUUAAAAAAAAAAGAAAAAAGAAGAUGCUUUAAGAAGAAAAAAAAUAAUGAACCACUCGAGUUUUAUUUCUUCAGUACAACCUGGAAACUGUAAGGGUUUUUUUUUUGUGCCAGUACCCUAAAAUAUUCUGUCUCUCUUGAUUUGUUGGGUUAAAUAUCUUCUUUUUUUUAAUAUAAAUGUCUCGUCCCUGGAGCUUCCUGUGUGUGUGCAAAGAAUCUGCCUUACUCCCCCCCCACCCCCUCAGACUGGCGUUCAGGUUUCCACGGUGGCUGACUGACCUCUCUUCCUUGUUGUAUCAAGGCUCGCCUUCUUUUUUCUGCUGUUGAGGACGUGUGUGUAUGUGUGUGUGUGCGUGCGUGCGAGUGUGUUAUAUUGUUUCCAGACCUGGAACUAAUACCAUUUAAAACCCUAUUAAAAACAUUGAUGUGGGAUUGAUUUAUGUUUGCUAGCACAAUAGCUCCCCCCUUCGUCCCCCCACCCCACGAACCCACGAGGCAAUCCACGGCAGGCAGAAGCAAUCAGUCGAUAACAAAAAAAAAAGUCUUUGAUGGGAUUUUGAAUGCUAUUUGCUCCCAGAUCUGUGUUGUAUAUUGUAUAUGAUACACACUUUUGGACUCAUAUGUAAAUUUGCAUUAAUUGCUGACUAACGGCGAAAGAAUAUUCUAUUUAAUUCCUUCUCUCUUGGCUGUGGGAUCCUAGAUGUUUAACUGCAUGGAUGUACUGUAUCUCUGCAGAGUCAACUAGCAGCUGUGUGAUUUUUACACAAAAAUAAAAACGGCACAAUAUUUUAAACGCUG